AUGUUGUCUGUCGCAGACGAGAUCAAGCAAUCCGCACGAACACUUGCCUACGACCUGAUGCUUCAAUACACCGGCAACCAGACUGGCAUGAUUCCCGGUAUUCUUCCUGGACCACCGACCGAGCACAAGGGCGACUACUACUGGUGGCAGGGCGGCGCCAUGAUGGGAACUUACAUCGACUACUGGAAGCUGACGGGCGACACCAGUUAUAAUGCUGUUGUGACCCAGGGCAUGCUGCAUCAGACUGGCGAGAACGGCGACUAUAUGCCCGAGAAUCACACUCUUUCGCUGGGCAACGACGACCAGGGUUUCUGGGGUAUGUCUGCCCUGCUCGCCGCCGAAAACAAAUUCCCCGAUCCGCCCGAGGACCAGUAUCAAUGGCUCGAGUUGGCCCAGGCUGUAUGGAAUACCCAGGUUCAGCCCAAGCGUCAUGACGCCGAGUGCAAUGGAGGAAUGCGCUGGCAGAUUCCUUCGACCAACACUGGUUACAAUUACAAGAACACCAUUUCCAAUGGCAUCUUCUUCAACAUGGGUGCCCGACUGGCUCGAUAUACCGACAACGCGACAUACGCCGAAAAUGCCGAAAAGACCUGGGAUUGGCUAUGGGCCGUAAACUACAUCGACCAUGACACAUGGAACGUAUACGACGGAGGCCAUGUUGAACACAACUGUACCGACAUUGACAAGCAAACCUUUUCCUACAAUGCCGCCGUCCUCUUGCAGGGGUCCGCAUUUAUGCAUGCAUUUACCAAGGACGAGAAGUGGAAGACAAGACUGGACAAGCUACUCGAGGCCGUUCUGAAACGAUUCUUCCCCGAGGAUGUCGCAUACGAAGCCAGCUGUGAGCCCAAUAAGGGCUCCUGCACCCCUGACAUGCUGUCGUUCAAGGGUUACCUCCACCGCUGGAUGGCCGUCGUUGGCCAGGUCGCGCCACACACCCACGACAAGAUCAAGGACGUGCUGCGCAAGUCCACCGAGGCCGCCAUUAGCCAGUGCACGGGGGGCGAUACGGGCCGCGCUUGCGGAUUCUACUGGUCGGAGAAGAAAUUCUACCCCGUAACGACGGAUCACACGAGCGGUGCUGGGGAGGCCAUGAACGUCUUGGCGGCGGUUUCGUCCUUGCUGAUUGACGAUGUGGAGGAGCCUACGACGAACAAGACGGGCGGCACGUCCAAGGGCAAUCCCAAUGCUGGUGAGAAGAGUAAGGACCCGAAUAUGAGGGAGUUCAGGCCCAUCACCGCCGGUGAUCGGGCUGGUGCCAGCAUCCUCACUAUUCUGGUCGCACUGGGCAGUGCUGCCUUCUUCUACUGGAUCACCGCCACUGAUUGA